UUGACGCUGGCAGAGAGGCAGGAGCGGGAGAGUGGAGGGGAGAAGGAGCAGGUACAGGUGUAUGUGUCUGUCUGUUUAUGAAUGUGGGGGAGACAGGAAGGGCUGCCGGCGUGAAGAAGAGACGGAGAGGGGUGAAAGGAGAAAAAAGGAGCCGAGAGAAGGGCGGGAGAGCCGGGAAGGAAGCAGGAGUCAGAGGAGAGGGAAUGAUGUCGGAGAGGAUCUCUUCGUGUGGGAGCCUGUAUGACAGCACCAACCUGCUGCUACAGUACUGCAACAACGAUGACACGGUGUCAGCGGGCAGUAACCUGGACAUGGAGGACCGGGUGUCCCACCUGGAGCAGAAGCUGCAGCUGCAGGAGGACGAGAUCCAGCUGCUGAAGGCCGCUCUGGCCGACGCCCUGCGCAGGUUGGGCUGCUGUGAGGAGCAGAGCCUGGGUCAGCCGCCGGGGGGCCACGCUGCUGGGAGGAGACCCCUGCCCACCACAGCAACAGCACAUACCACCAAGGGUAAGAAAGUGCGUCAGCUCCUGCAGGCUCUUCCCUCCAGACCUCUGAAUAACGGCUACGUUCAACAGAAGCGCCUCCUCUCCUCCCCCUCCUCUCCUAAGAAGGAGGUGCUACAGUCCAUCAAGAGGAAGAGUAUGUCCACCGAGCGUCUCACUAUGGUGAGGAGAGAGAUGGGGGUGGAGAGUCGGAGUCGGACCACCUCCUCCAGCAGCUCCUCCGGAGGCAAAGGCAAAACCAAAGAAUGCUCCUUUAAUGCAGAGGACGGCUAUGUGAGGAUGUUCCUCCGAGGCCGCCCCGUCACCAUGCACCUCCCUGACCAGCAGAGGGAGAGCUACAGCCUGGACCACAAGGGGGCACUGCCUGACCGCAAGCUCAAACUGCAGUGGGUGUACGGCUACAGAGGUCGUGACUGCCGCUCCAACCUCUACCUGCUGCCCACCGGAGAGAUCGUGUACUUCAACGCCUCCGUGGUGGUGCUGUACAACACGGAGGAGCAGCAGCAGAGGCACUACCUGGGCCACAACGACGACGUCAAGUGCCUGAGUGUGCAUCCUGACAUGGUUACCAUAGCAACGGGGCAAGUGGCUGGAAACUCUAAAGAUGGAAAGCUGCUGGCUCCUCACGUGCGUGUGUGGGACUCUGUGAGCCUCAACACGCUGCAUGUAAUCGGGAUGGGUGUGUUCGACAGAGCCGUCAGCUGCGUGGCUUUCUCCAAGUCGAACGGCGGCUCCUUCCUCUGCGCUGCGGACGACGCCAACGACCACGUCCUGAGUGUGUGGAACUGGCAGAAGGAGAAGCAACUGGCUGAUGUUAAGUGCUCCAAUGACUCUGUCCUGGCCACUGUGUUUCAUCCAAUGGAUGCCAACCUGAUUGUCACCUGUGGAAAAUCUCACAUCAACUUCUGGACCAUGGAGGGCAACACUCUGACCAAGAGACAGGGCCUGUUCGAGAAACAUGAGAAGCCAAAGUACGUGUUGUGUGUGGCGUUCGCUGAGAACGGAGACGCCAUCACAGGAGACUCCAGUGGGAACAUCUACGUCUGGGCCAAAGGUGGCUACCGCAUCAGCCAGGUGGUGUCGGGGGCCCACGAGGGCGGGAUCUUCUCUGUCUGUGUCCUGAAGGACGGCACCAUGUUGUCCGGGGGGGGGAAGGACCGCAAAGUGGUGCUGUGGGACCACGACUACAAGAAGCAGGCCGACAUGGAGGUGGGCGAGUCUCUGGGUCCUGUGCGGGCUCUGGCUGAGGGUAAACCUGGAGAACUCUUCGUAGGAACCACAAAGAACGCUAUCAUCAGAGCCGCCUUCCCUGAUACACUGACUCCUAUUGUACAGGGUCACACGGACGAGCUGUGGGGUCUGGACGUCCACCCCUCCAUGGAGCAGUUUGUAACCUGCUCUCAGGACAAACAGGUUCACCUCUGGGACACCAACUCCCAUCAGCCCCUCUGGAGCAAGACCAUCGAGGAUCCAGGGAGGUCUGCAGGGUUCCAUCCCAGCGGGGCGGUUCUGGCUGUGGGAACCAUGACUGGAAGGUGGUUGGUGCUGGACACUGACACCCGGGAUCUUGUUUCUAUGCACACAGACGGCAAUGAGAUCAUUUCCAACAUCAAGUACUCUCCAGACGGUAACUUCCUGGCUGUCGCAUCACAUGACAACUUUGUUUACAUCUACGCUGUGACAGAGAAUGGCCGCAAGUACAGCCGUGUUGGGAAAUGCACUGGUCACUCCAGCUUCGUCACCCACCUGGACUGGUCCUCAGACAGCCAGUUCAUCGUCACCAACUCAGGAGACUACGAGACCCUCUUCUGGGAGGCAUCCAGUGGUAAACAUGUGACCAGCAUGGACACGAUGCGUAACCAGGAGUGGGCGUCCUCCACCUGCACCCUGAGCUUCAACACCUUCGGGAUCUGGCCGGAUGGAGCAGACGGCACUGACAUUAACGCCGUGUGCAGGUCACAUGACGGAUCCCUGCUGGCUUCUGCCGACGACUUUGGCAAAGUGCACUUGUUCUCCUUCCCAUGCUCCCAACCAAGGGCUCCGAGCCACGAGUACGGGGGCCACAGCAGUCACGUGACCAACAUUGCCUUCCUGCACGACGACAGUCACCUGAUCUCCACUGGAGGGAAAGACACCAGCAUCCUGCAGUGGGGGGUGUAGGCGGGGCUUCAUGCCCCCCCCUCCCCCCCCCCCAACAGGCUUGGUCCAGCAUCCUCUCUGUCCUGUCUAACAGAAUGUGUCCCACAGCUGUACCCCAGGAUGAGAUCAUGAGUAUCAUUGUAAUAAAUGGAAUAUUAUUUAGUGUUUGUGAUAGAAUGUAGAGACUUGUUGCCAUGCAGGAACUGUGUCCACCCCCCUCACCUGGGCUUUAGCAUUAGCACUACUGUGCCUAACUGUAUUUAUCUUACAUCCCUUUAAUGGGAAAUCCACCUGUUUUAAAGGAAAAGUGACUUUUUGCUCUUUAAUAACAAAUCAUGUAUACUUUACAGUUUUACAAACUCUCGUAAAUGCUACACUGUUAUAUUUUGGGCUACAUAUAUAUAUAUAUAUAUAUAUAUAUAUAUAACCGGGUUUAAUAUUAAGGUACUUGUUUCUAAAAUUCCAAGAAGCUAUUGGUUUCCAUUAAGUAUGAAAAGUACAGACUGUUAAAACAUUUCAGAUCAGUCCCCAACAUCCCCAACCAGCGACAAUGUACGAUUGACAAAAAUAAUACAGAUCCAUGUUGACUAAUUUAUUUCUCACCUAAAAUAUUUUCAAAUAGGUUUUUACAUGCACUCAAGAAAAUAGAAACUCACAGAUAAAUAUAAAACAGCAGCUUGGUUUGCACAUGUCUUUCAAAAGUGUACAAAAUGUGAUAUAUUAGGGUUAAAACAUGUAGUAUCACAUUACCCUUUAAGAAUUCAUGUAUUUCUGCCCCCAGGCGAGCGUAAUAGAUUAUUGUGAUAAUGCAACACUCUUCUUUGUGCUCCAAAUCAUGGAGAUACAUUUUCAGACCUGUGAUCAACUCGCAGAGAUGUAGUCAAAUGAUUGUUAUAUUUUGAAGUCGGUGUAUAAUUGGCUUCAAGAAAGAGUGAUGCAUGUUUGUAAAGAAUAACUGACCUGUCCUGGGGCAAAGGAAGAUUGUAUUACAAUUCCUAAAAUAGGUGGCAUUUCCCUUUAAAUACUAAUAUAACCUCAUUGCCUUGUUAUCUAACACUUUCCAUCCUUCAGCCUGAUUCAAAACUCUUGUUCGCAGAUUGUAAGUAUUACAGAUUGCUGAUGCAGAAUGUAAAUGUUACAAAGUGGCUGCCCCCCCUUUUCUGAUUGUACUACUGCUGUAGCUUUCACUAGAUGGCGCUACAACACAAGAGAAGAGCAUGACUGAUGUCCUCCUACUGUAGAAGCUGUUGAUGUAAAGGUCUAUAGAGUACAUUUAUAUAUUAUGCAUUAUAUCCGAGUGGCUGUGUUAUUUGAAUAUUUAACCGUUACGAUGAUGGAUGUUAUUAAUAUUAUUCUAGUGGCACUUUUAGCGGUGGACAGAAGGGUAAUGUAGGCUGCUGUGCUGUUGAAGUGAGCUUACGCUGUGCUUUGCCUUCUUCUGUUUUGUUAAUAAAGUUUUUACCCGAGCAAUACAGA